UUAUGGUUGGUAUGUUUAUGGUGUUGUUAAUUUAAAACUGAUCAUUUUGUCAUUGUUGAUAUUUAAUAUUGUUGUUGGUAUUAUUGUUAUUACUAUGCUUAAUUUAGGCUUUUCAACAAUAUUUUGUUUUAUAUUAUUAACUGUAAUGAUUAUGUUCAUAUUCUGUAAGGUGCUUUGGACAAAAGGGUCUGCAAAAUACCAUAUCAAUAACCAUAAAGAUGACAAAAACUACUGAAUUCCAUAAUUCAAAUUUGUUAGCUGGCUGUUUUUCAUGUGAAUAUUUUUGAGUCUUUAACCACAAGAUGUCAGUACAUAUUUGGUAAUCAUUUCUUACGCUCUCUGUUGUCUGGGAUUUAUGGGAUGUUGACAGAGCAAUUUUUUGAAGACCUUUGCCUCCAUGAUAGUGUAAGUGUUACCGUCCAUGUACCUUAUCUAUAAGUGUGUUUCCCUCUUCCUGAUGAUGUUUUUUAUGUCAAAAAACGUUGGCGUACUGUUGUCCAUUUUGUUCUUGGAAGUCUGACGGUGACUACAUGAUUUUGUUUAGUUAGAUAGGCUUAUAUGUAAAUGUAUAACAGAAUCAGGGAAGACCAAGGAUUAGUUACCUAAUACUCAACUUCCUGAAUGGAUCUGCACAUCUCAUUGACGGUGUUUACUGUGUUAUUUCUUUCAGCUGCUGGCUUGUGUUCAUGCCAAAAUGAGUUACUGCUGGAUGGGCCUCUGGAUGGAGAAGUAGGAGGGAGUGUGGUGUUCACCCUCAUCAACCCUCCAUCUGCACCACCUACAAAAAUCACCUGGACUUGUCCAAGCAAUACAGUGAUCAUCACUUCACUUGGUGAUACAGAGAUGAUACAUCCUGAAUAUAUUGGCAGAGUCUCUGUGAACAAAACCACGGCUUCACUGGAUCUCAGGAGCCUGACUCUCCAUGACACUGGGGAGUACACUGUGAACAUCACUGUAUCCAGCAGUGGUGUAGAACAAUUUGGGAAAACCUCACUGGCAGUGUUCGAGAGAAUAUCUACAUCUCCUAUCAUAAGCACUGGGGGCACCCUCAUAGCGGGCAACAGCUCUGUCAACUUGACCUGUGAUGCCCAGGGCACCAUCAUCACCAGAGAGUGGACAAAGGAUGGAACACCUCUGUUUCCUAGCAACAGCACCACCUUUUAUGAGGAUAACAGAACACUGUCCAUCAGCCCAGUAGAGAAGGAGGACAAUGGGCAGUACACAUGCACAGUCAGUAAUCCUGUCAGCUCUGUUAGUGAGAACCACAACCUUGUGGUCAAAUAUGGGCCAGAGGAGAUUGUUAUUAUUGGCACAAAAGCAGUAGAUACUGGCAAUUUCAUUCAUUUGACCUGUCUUGCUAAGUCCAUUCCUGAGAGCAUCUACACUUGGGCUUUUAAUGGGACAGAAAUAUCCGGAGCUUCAUACAUUAAAGAGCAGAGUGGACAUGAAGACAGUGGGAAGUACACCUGCACUGCUAGGAACAGCAUCACCAAUCUCAGUCAAAAUACAUAUGUCGAUGUGUCAGUCACAGAUCAGAAGGAAGUGAAUAGCUUGUCCGCUGGAGCCAUAGCUGGAAUAGCAGUGGCAUGUUUGGUUUUUGGUUUGGCAGUUGGGGCUGGAGGUUCUUUCUUUGCAAUGAGAAAAAGGAAUGUCUCUGGAAAUUCCAGAAAAAAAGAUGCCCAGGACAGUCCAUUUGCCCCCCCGUCCACAAGUAAUGAUGCUGCUUCGCAUGUCUAUGUAAACAGUAGAGUAGCUCAAGAAUUAAACAUGAGGACAAAUUCAGGCACUGUUGCUCCAAAUGAUCAUAUUUAUGACAGACGUUUGUCUUACAAAUCUGAUCCAAUUGACGAGCCUUUGUAUGUAAACUAGUAUAAUAUGACCACUUCAUGGACUAGCCACAUACCACGUGAAAAAAAUAAAGAAUGCUUCCCAAGUCCUUCCCCUUUUCCUGCAACUCCUUUUAAACUGAACAUUUAAUUGUAAUUGAGAAAUAUUCACAGAUUUUCUUUUUCUAUUGAGUGUCUUAUGUUCUUUCAUAUUUAUUUACACAAAGAACGUUUGUCUGCCCCUCCCACACAUCCAGGAAAUGAUAAUAAAAUGGAAUGACAGUCAAAGGUAGGCUACUGGGCAAUGAAAUGAGUGUACGGGUUGAUUAUUAUCUAAAAUUAGACCAUUAGUUUCUUCUAUGAUAUGAAUUGGAUUGGACUGGAUAUUUUUAAUGUCCCUGAGGGGUAAUUUGGUUCAUAGAAAACGAUAUGAGAUAGUAUUUAGGACAUAACACACAUAUUCAAAAUGUAAAAUCACAUAGACUUGUGGAAGAUUGUAAUAUGUUCCAAUUUAAAUGUAAACAUAAGCAAUGAUAAACAAAUGCAAGUUGAUCUAUAAUUUGUUAAGAAACCCAACAGCUGAUGGGACAAAUGAUGUUAGGUAUCUGUUAGACCUGGCCCGCUUACCUCCUCCCUGAUGGCAGGAGGCAAAACUCUGAGUGGAGUGGGUGGUUGGUGUUUGCCAAAAUGGCCAGUGUGGCUCUGCCUGCCCAAUGCUGUCCAGGUUAGUGCUAGUGAUCUUCUGGCAGAGAGUAACAAUUUUACAGAGUCUAAUUUUGUUUGUCACUCAGUUGCCAAACCAGCAUAUCAUAUCAAGUCAAAACUGAUUCAAUAAAAGAAGAGUAAAACAUUU